GUGUGGCUGUAGUCCAAAAUAGCAAAUUAUAGUUAUUUUACUGAGUGUAUGUUUCAGAAAUUAAUUGUAAUGAAUACUUGCAGAACCUGCCUAAAAUCUCCAGCCAAUAAAAAUAUUUCAGAGCUGGCUAAAGGUAUAGAAGACGAUUACAAACAGUGCGCCGAUAUCAUGGCAUUUUGUUUAGAUAUAAAGGUUACAGGAGACUCCAAAAUAACAACGAAUCUAUGUUACAACUGCUAUAGAAAAAUUAUAUCGUUUUACAAAUUUAAGACACUAUCCUUAAAAAAUGAUGCAUUAUUGAGAUCUCUGGAUGAUGUGCAGUUGAAAGAACAGAAACUUUCUUUUUAUGUGGAUGAAAACGGCGUAAAACACGAAAAUUUCUUGGAGCCUGACGAUUAUGGUCCAAAUUUAGUUGAAUAUGGCAAUACAGAAAUUAGAAACAAAAUUGAUUGUAAUGCGUUUUCUUUGGGGAAUGUUAAAAUAGAUGACAUAGACGUUAAAUAUGAAGAAACGUUAGGAGAUACUGAAACAUAUGAGGACUAUAACAUUGUAGAUGAAGACAUUUUAGGAGAUCCCCUAACAUAUUACAAGUACCAUGACAUAAGAGAAGAUGAAGCUUCUGAUGAUGACGUAGAUGGAGGAGAGCCAUGUUGCAAAAUAGAGAAUAUACAAAGUGAUAAUAUUAGGAGCGGGGCUAAAGGAACGGCAACAAAAUAUAAAAAACUUGGCUCCAAAAAGAAGCCACAAAUUCAAGCAGCAAAAAAGGUGAAACAGCAGAAUGAUAAUGGAAAAAUGUUACAAACAAAACGUAAAAAACGUAGCUCUAAGAAACUACAAAAUACAGCAAAAAAAAUAAAAGAGGAGAACGGAAAGGUGUCGCUAGGGCCUCAUAUCUGCGAGCAAUGUGGUGUAACUGUAAUUGACAUCAAGUCACACUCUUUGACUCACAAGUUUAAGGAUGAACGGAAAAAGCUGAAAUGCAAGGCCUGCCCUAAACUGUUUGUUUCCAGAGGUGGUAGACGCAGACAUUUCAACAUCCACCAUUUAGGUCGAAAGGCCAAGUGUGAUAUUUGUAAUGGACAUUACGUCCAUCUGAAUACACAUAUUAUGCAAGUACAUAAGAAGGCUGAACUACGAUUCGCGUGCGUGACGUGUGGGCGCCGCUGCGUGUCACGGCCUGCGCUAGACAAGCACAUGUACACGCACGCUAAGACUGUAGAUAAACUAUUUGAAUGUGACCUAUGCCACAAGAAGUUUACGUUCAAGAAUCAGCUCAAGGACCAUAUAAAGCGAGUCCAUGAAAAUGUAAAAGAUUACCAGUGCGAACACUGUUCCAAAACAUUCUUCAGUAAAUAUGAGGUUAUAAGUCAUUUAAGGAAACACGUCACACGUUGGAGUGCCAAUUAACUGUGCGGGGAGGGCGACAAGGCCUUCAAGUACAAAAAGACGCUUCGAGCGCACAUGCUGAUUCACAGAGAUAUAUAUUAUAUCAGGGACUUCAAGUGCCAACUCUGUGAACUACAAUGGCAGCUGCGUAAGUCAACCAACAUUUUGAAAAUUUACUUACUCGUUAGUUAAAGUCGCAGGGACAAACUGGAUACAAAAAGCACAGGAUAGAUCCGACUGGCUUACUCUGGAGGAGGCCUUUACCUGAGAGGGGGUUCUUGCUUAAUUCACGUAGUAAAAAAAAAAAAACAAAUAACAACAUGUAC